GUAAAAAUGUUCUUUCAGAUCAAACAGCAUGAGUUCAGGGAACAGUUUCGGAAUGAAAUCAUCUUCAGGAUUGAUGUAGAUGAUCCUUAUAAGCUUAUAGACAAGAGUAAUAGGAGUGUGUCUGAACUGGAAAGGGAAAUGAGAAAGUUGCAGGAGACAGCUGACCUUUUUGAGGUCAAUGUUCCUGAUUACAAACAGCUGAAGCAGUGCCGAUCGGAUAUCAUCCUGGUGAAGUCUGUGUGGGACAUGGUGAUCUUUGUGAAGACAAGUAUUGAAGACUGGACAAAAACCCCCUGGAAGGAGAUUAACGUUGAGCAAAUGGAUAUGGACUUGAGACGAUUUGCCAAGGAGAUGAAAACUCUUGACAAAGAGGUCCGUGCUUGGUCGGUUUAUACUGGACUGGAAUCAACAGUGAAGAAUCUGCUCACUUCGCUUCGGGCUGUCAAUGAACUGCAGAACCCCACUGUCAGGGAAAGACAUUGGCAACAGCUAAUGAAUGCCACUGGGGUUUGUUUCGUAAUGGACGACACAACAAUUCUGGGAGAUCUGUUAGAACUACAGCUGCACAGGGUGGAAGACGAAGUGAAGAAUAUUGUGGAUAAAUCAGUAAAAGAAAUGGCAAUUGAGAAGGUGCUUACAGAGAUAAACCAAACCUGGAGUAUGAUGAACUUUUCUUAUGAAAAGCACCACAACACAGGCAUACCUUUGUUAAAAUCUGAUGAAAACUUGAUAGAAACCCUGGAAGACAAUCAGGUUCAGCUGCAGAAUAUCCUAAUGAGUAAGUACGUGGAGUACUUCCUGGUCCAGGUGACCACCUGGCAGAAGAAGCUGAUGGUGGCCGAUCAGGUCAUUUCUAUCUGGAUGGCAGUGCAACGGACUUGGGCCCACCUGCAGAGCAUCUUUACCAACUCCGAGGACAUACGCAAUCAGCUGGCCCACGAUGCCAAGAGGUUUGAGGGUAUUGACCUCGAUUUCCAGAACCUCAUGGCCGCAGUCGUUCAAACCAAAAACGUCAUUGAUGUUACAAAUCAGACGGGAUUUUUGGAAAACUUAGAAGCACUUCAACAAAGGCUAUCAGUGUGUGAAAAGGCCCUGGCGGAGUAUCUGGAGACCAAAAGGCUCACUUUCCCCCGGUUUUACUUUGUAUCGGCAUCGGACCUACUGGAAAUCGUUUCCAAGGGAACACAGCCAACACAGGCAGGAUUAAAAACACUCGCCUUGUUUCAUGUGUUUGUUAGGAAUGAAUUCCCGGGAGCUGACCUGUCUUGUUGUUGUUAA